UUCUUCAUUGAAGCACUGUAUAAUCGAACGCUGCCCGAUUGGGCCAAGAAGGUGUAUCCCAGCGCAGAUAUGACGUAUAUAGCUGACUUUGCCUUUUCUAUAGGCACGUAUACGCGGCGUAUGGCGCGCCUCAAGAUCGGUCCAUUGAUAAAAGAGAUGCUACACCGUUUUGCCGAUAAGGCGCGUGGGUCACUGAAACCCAAUCGCUCUGUGUGGAUUUACAGCGCACACGACACAACUGUGGCGAACGUUUUAAACGCACUCAAGUUGUAUAAUUUGAAAAGCCCAGGCUACACAGCGUGCGUACUAUUCGAGCUGCGUCUAGAUGAGAAUAAUCAUCCAUUUGUUUCGAUUUUCUACAAGAACACUUCAGCCGAACCGGCAUUGCUGAGCAUACCUGACUGUGGCGUUGCGUGUCCGCUGGAGAAAACACUCGAAAUCUAUAAAGACAUAUUGCCUGUGAACUGGGAGCAGGAAUGCAAAUUGAGUACAAUGAUGAUGACGUACGAUGAGGCUAAUAUUGGCAUGGCAAUGGUUAUUCUUGGAUCGAUUAUCUGCGCCAUGUUAGUGCUUUCCUACAUUUUUUUGAUUUACUAUCGCCGUCGUCGAUACAGCACGUAUGCCUAUGCACAAAUGGCCUAAUUGUUGACAAUUGAUAUGACCGGACAACAACUCUUCGACAACCUGACCCCAACCAGCUCCAAAACAAUCGGCACAAAUUUGAUGUUCCUCUCUCUGUAUGUUAAUGAAUAAAUUUAAUGUUUUGCAUUUCAUUUUAAUAUCAGAUAAAUUUGAUAUUUAACAAUUGAAUUGCAUUUUCGGGUGUGUGUGUGCUUGUAAAUGCAUUGAUUGUGAUUCACAUUUUUAGUCGAUAACUUUGCUGUAAUAUCCAAUUAAGACGUUUUAUAUUACCAUAUACAUAAUUAUAUAUGUAUGUAUACAUAGCAAAAUACAUACAUUUUUAUACGUUAACCUAAAUUCGUAUUC